UUCACGUGACGCUUCAGGACGUCUUGUGUCUCUUAAAACACAUUUCCUCGUUUCCUCUCUCCUCGCCAAAUAAGACAAAUAAGAGACUAGGGAUGUACCCUGUGUGUUAGUAACGAUUUUCCCCACGUACCUGAACGCAGCAGCCGAGCCUCCACUGUCCGUGAUCUAUCGGCGCUUUGCUGUAAUCACUUUGUAUCAAAUCCUCGCGACACGAUGUCUUCUGAAGAAAAGUAUAUUUUGGAUCGUGGACUUAUGUUCCCUAAAGAGACCCACUCCUUAGAGAGCUUGAAGUUUGCACAGGAGUACACGUUUAAAGAUGACGACGUCACAGCUGUCGUGUACCCGAAGUCAGGUACUAUCUGGAUGCAGGAGAUCCUCCCACUGGUUCUGAAUGGGGGGGAUCUGACGCCGAUCCACUCCAUUCCUAACUGGGACAGGGUCCCCUGGCUGGAGGAGAAAAGAUUAGCAUUGGUUGUGGAUAACUUGGCAUCUCCACGGGCGCUGGUCACACAUUUUCCUUACCACCUCAUGCCGCCCUCCUUCCACACUUCCAAAGCCAAGGUGAUCUAUGUCAUGAGGAACCCUAAGGACGUCAUGGUGUCUUCAUACUACUUCCAUAAGAUGGCAGAAUUCCUCGAGCCUCCAGGAACCUUUGAUGAAUUCAUGGAGAAAUUCCUUGAGGGCAAAGUACUGUUUGGAAAAUGGACGGACCACGUGAAGGGCUGGAGAGGCACAGAUCUAGGAGACAGAAUAAUGCACAUCACAUAUGAAGAAAUGGUUCAGGACCUCCCUGCAGCUCUCAGGCGUAUGUCAGACUUCCUGGGCCGUAACCUGAGUGAAGAAGCCAUUCGGAAGAUAGCAGAACAUUGCUCCUUCAAGACUAUGAAGAACAACCGCAUGUCCAACUUCAGCCUGGUCCCUAAGAACUACAUGAACUCUGACACAUCUCCAUUCCUCAGAAAAGGUGUUGCGGGAGACUGGAAAAACCAUUUCAGCCCAGAGCAACUGGCCAUAUUCACAUCGGUCAUUCGCAAAGAGCUGGAGAGCGAGAGCUUCUCUUUGCCAUGGAGCCUGGAUUGAUAAUCAACUAGAGCAAAGACAGAGAGGGAAAGAGCUGUAGAAAUAAAAUCAAGGCAAGUAGAAAAAUAGUGCCAACUGCACCAACAUUCUCAGUAACAUUUGGUUUUUAUAUUAAGCAUAUGACUAAAAGCCUUU